GGCUGGGGAGGAGGAGGGGCGGCGCGGCGGCGGGCGGCGUGGUUGUCGCUGCGCAGGAAGUUCCUGUCGGGGCUCGGGCUGUAACCUUGCGCGACUUCCCCGGCCCGUCCGGAGCGGGGGAGGGGACAGAGCGCGUCCCGGAAGCGCCGUGCUCCGCUUCCCAGCCCCCGGAGCAGGCGCAGGCGGCGGCGGCGGGGAAGGAGGAGCGGCGGCGAGGCGAGGCCUAGGCGGGCCGCACCGCCAGCAUGUCCCUGGUGGCCGAAGCGUUGGUCUCCCAGGUCGCAGCUACAGAACCUUGGCCUGAAGAUGCUACACUUUAUCAGCAGCUGAAAGGGGAACAAAUUUUGCUUUCUGAUAAUGCUUCUUCUCUUGCUGUUCAGGCCUUUUUGCAAAUGUGUGAGCUCCCCAUCAAAGUGGUUUGUAGAGCAAAUGCCGAAUACAUGUCUCCAUCUGGUAAAGUACCUUUUAUUCAUGUGGGAAAUCAAGUCGUAUCAGAACUUGGUCCAAUAGUCCAAUUCGUAAAAGCCAAGGGCCAUUCUCUUAGUGAUGGGUUGGAUGAAGUCCAAAAAGCAGAAAUGAAAGCCUACAUGGAAUUAGUCAAUAAUAUGCUGUUGACAGCAGAGUUGUAUCUUCAGUGGUGUGAUGAAACUACAGUAGGGGAGAUCACUCAUUCUCGAUAUGGAUUUCCUUAUCCGUGGCCGCUGAACCACAUCUUGGCUUAUCAAAAACAAUGGGAAGUCAAACGCAAGAUGAAAGCCAUUGGAUGGGGGAACAAGACUCUAGAUCAGGUCUUAGAAGAUGUAGACCAGUGCUGUCAAGCUCUUUCUCAGAGACUAGGAACACAACCUUAUUUCUUCAAUAAGCAGCCAACUGAACUUGAUGCCCUGGUCUUUGGCCAUCUCUUCACCAUCCUUACCACUCAGUUGACCAACGAUGAACUCUCUGAAAAGGUGAAAAAUUACAGCAACCUACUUGCUUUCUGUAGAAGAAUUGAACAGAACUACUUUGGAGAAAAUGGGAAAGGACGCAUCCCCCUCAGGUUGGCCUAGAGAGACUUGUUGGAUUAGAAGUCUAAGUCUUAAAUUAGGUUCAACUUCAUGAUUAGAAUAGUAUCAGAAUUUUAAAGAUGAACACAGCUUUUAGAAACCUCCAUGUGUAUAACAGACCCUUUAUAUGUAUUUUGUAGCCAGUGAACAUACUAAACAAUUCUGAAUUGCUCUAUUGUAUUCCAGAUUAUGUUUGUUUCCUUGAAACAUGUAUGCACAUAAAAAUAAAGCUUUAACUGUGAUACAAGUUUUCCCCCCCAGUUGCUGUCGGCUUUAUGCAUGUGAAUUGAAAAAGUGCUUUAAGUUCUUCUCAGGGCAAAAGACAAGACACUGAAGGUGCUCUUGCUGGUUAGAUGAAUAUUGGCCAUGGGGAAAAAAAUGGUCAUUUUAGGACUGAAUAAAUAUACACUUAGAAAAUUUGCCUAUUUACAAGAUGUUUAGUUCACAUACUAGUUUAAUAUUUUGAAAAGUCAUUCUUGUCUGAAAUCAGUUGGAUGAAAAGAGAAACUUCAGAAUGCAGGUAAAGUAGAUUUGAUAAAGGAAUAACUCUACUUUGUGACACUUAGAUCAGAGAACAUAGAUUUAGAGCUGGAAGGGACCUCAUAUUUUGAUAAGAAUUUUUCUUAAUGAUAUUUCCCCUUAAAAUUACUAAUCACAAAUUAGUCGUGUGAUUACAAGAGACCAUUAAGUUUAUGGAACCUAGAGAAUAGUCAUGAAAGUGGUUGAAAGUUUUUAUUUUUAUUUUUCUGAUUUAGGUUUUUGCUUUAUGUUUAAACUUCCCCUCCUGCCCCCCCCCCCCCCCCGACACUCCCCCGUCCCCUCCCCAAAUAAGCAAAACACUGGAAUGGAUUAGUUGACAACAGUUAUUCUUUCCCCCAGUGGAAAACAUUCUUCUUAUUGAUGGGAAGUUUUAGCAUAUAAAUAUUUUCAGAAAAUUCUGUUUUUGCUAUGUACUUCAGGUACAUACUAUAACUCUUUCUUUGCUUUAUUCUCAGUCCUCCUCCCCCCCACCCUCACCCCCAAAUCACAUGCUUGGAAAUCUUUAUUUAGUCUCUAAUGCUGUUUUAUUUAGGUUUUUUUUGUCCUUUUAAGCCUUUAUUUUUAAAAGUCUCUAAUUCUCAGUUACUUUGGUUUUCUUUAAGACCUAUUUUGUCCUAAUUCUUUUUUUAUAAAUCCUUAUUCCUUAAAGAUUUUUACAAUUUCACCAUGUUAUUAAUUUGGUAAUCUUUUAUCUUCUGUGCAUACUUUUGUACUUUUGAUAUUCUUUCUGGAUCAUUUAGUACAUGGAACCUAGGCUAUUUCUUGAUGCUUUUUGGAUGGAAAGGCAUGAAUAUUAGCACAAAGUGCAUUUUUAUCGUUAUUAUUGCAAUUUGCUCUCUUCUUUCUCUUAAGAUAAAGAGCUUUUGGAGACUGUGGCUGUUUAUCCUAAACUGAGAUUUCUGCUCUUAUUUAAGACUUACUAUCUAUGGAUCACUUUAGGUCUCCUUGCUGUCCUCUGUCAAGGUGAAUCAGCAUCAAGGCAAAAUGCAUUAGAAAAUGGAAACCUUGACAUCCCAUUAUGGUGAUUCAGUUUCCUGCCUUUACCUUUUAAAUUGGAGCAUUUAAAGCCAAGUCACAGUAGCUAAAAAUUAUCACUGAAAAGUCAGCGCUGCUUGUUCCCAUUCUGCUUGCUGACAAAAAAAGCUAGAUGUGUGUUUGGUUGUCUUUUUUUUUUCUCCCUGCCAAAUGUUUGAGGUUACUCUGAACACUCUAAAAGUAGCAUACUGCCCUGUUUUCUGAAUUUUAAUGUGUAAUUUUACAGAAUGACUCAUUAGGAUAUUGAGUAGAAAAGAAUUAUUGUAGUCAAGAGAUACUAUCCACACAGUGUUAAUGUACUUUGAGUUUCUUAUAUGAAUAGAAUAAUAUUUGUAAAGACCUUAGUACACAGUACCUGGUGCAUAGUAGAUGCUUAAAAAUUCCUUCCUUCCAACCUAACAAUUUCCUAACUUCUUUCCAAAAUUUCUCCCUUCCUCCCUCCCAUUUGUUCUAAUUCAAAUUAUUUCUGUGAAGCUUUUUUCUUUAAAAGUCUUAUCUGACUACCUUUUGAUUCUUUAAACCUUUGGACAAGCAGAUUUUUUUUUUUUAACAUCAUGGCUUAUGAGUUGAGCAGGACCCUAUUAGGAGUCAUCAACUCAAUUCUUUCAUUUUGCAUAUGAGGAAACUACAGCCCAGAAAGACAGUGACUUGUCUAAAGUCAUCUAGUAGUAACAAAGCCAAAUUAUUAGUUAAUAUUUCUGUAGAUACCCUAAAUUUGGGGAAAAUGGAUGGGAAUGUUCAAGUUCAUUUAUGACUUUUUGUUCCUGAUAAUGUUGAUUGACUGGUGGUUAAUGGAAUAUUUCAUAAGCACCUACUAUUUGCUGAAAAAUAGUUACUAAGUAGCUGGUUAUUUGAAUUCUUCAAGUUUAUUCAAUAUUAGAAGAAAGCUUAUGAGUGGAAUGUCAACAUUUUAAACUAUUUGUCGUUACAGUGUUUUAAAAGUAAUAGGGCAGUGCAUGUACGGUUUUGUGUUUUAGCUUGUCUGACUUUUCAUAUAUAUACAUAUUUGUAUAUUAUGGUUUGUAAAUUAUAUGGACUCUCAAAUAAAAGGAAAUGCUAAAUGAUAUUUAGAAUUACAUAAACGACACACCCAUCCCAUUUAAAUUCCUGAAUGUUUGAAUCAUUUUUUAUGUAGGCUUUAUGUUAAACUGACAUUUAACCCUGUAUACUCUUAGUCAUUUGGUCUGAAGCCCUGUUCAUGUAAUACUUUAUUGUCCUACUAAAGGUGGUAACUAGAGCUGUAAUGUAAUUGGAUGAAAGUCUUUAUAUCUCUUAGUCUGGGGUGUCUUGCUUUUACGUAAUUUAACUUAUUUUCCUUCUGAAGAUGUUUUCGCUGUCCUUUUUCUUUUCUUUCUUUUUUUUUAAGCUUUGAUUAAGUAGCCGCAGUGCCAAACAUAAUGAAAGUCUAUUCUGUUAGUGGAUAAUCUUCCAUAGAGCUGUGUGACUUGAGUUAAUAUAAUUCACCUAUGCAAAAUCUCUAUAUCUAUAAAAUAUGGACAAUGUUCGUGACCUAAUUAUUUCCCUAGAGGUUUUUUGUUUUUCUUUCUAAGAACGACGUUUGGAAAUUGCCAUGACUUCCUUGGAGAGGAUUGGUAUUCUUAAAAGUCACAUCAGUAGGAACAAAAGCAAAAGUCUUUUCUGAGAGCAUAAUUAUAUUCACGACCCAGAUCUUUAUCAUGUUUCCCCAAAACGCAAAUAUCAAUAUUAAAAAUCAAAAUAACAGUGUGUGGACUUUUAAAAAAAAUCUGUAAUGAACAAAUGACAUUGCUGAAUACUUGCUUUUUAUUUGAGCAUUAACUGUCAUUUUGGAGAUAAAAAUAAUUAAAAAUAAAAUACCUUUUACAUGA